AGCCUGCGAGGAAAGCGGAGGAAGUGUCGCCGUAGCGGGGCUCCGUCGCUGGCUGUUCCCGCGACACGGCCGCAAUGGCUGACGGAGGGAAGCGGGAGAGGCCGAAUGAGGCUUGCCGCUGCAGCCGCGCCCGAUAUUUUUGCACGGCGGGACGCGGGAUGGAGCCCUUUCUAGUUCAAGAGGUGCAGGCUCGGUUGGGCGCCACUCAGGUAGAAUACGUAUCCGGAAAAGUUUUCUUCAGUACCCAUGUUAAGUUGAGUAUGUUGAAGAAACUAAAGUCAGCUGAAAGAUUAUUUUUGCUGCUGAAGAAAUGUCCUCCGCUUUCCUUUUGUGGGAAUAAAGGAAGAAUAAUCCAGGAUGUUCAAAAACUUGUAAAUGAGAAUCCCAGGUGUUGGCUGGAUACAGUUGCUCUCUGGAGAAGUCUUUAUGGUCAGGAGGAAGAGCAACUCAGCUUAUGUCAAGAAUACCCAGAUUCCAAAAAACAGAAGUUGGAAGAGGAAAAAAAUAUUGAAAAUGAAAACCAAAAGACUCAAAUAAUAUUAGAGACAGUCACUAUUAACAAUCAAGUAGAAGGCCAGCAAAAAUGUGAUACACCAAAUGUUUGUAAAGACAUUUUCUUGCCUCAGGGCAGACUUUUUCUAGAAAAGUCUCCUGAAAUUAUCCAAGACAACACUAUUGCUUGCAACGCUUAUUUUAGUUUCAGAGUAUCAUGUCGUUGUAGUGGAGUACUUGCAAAAUUAUUUACUGCACAGGAGUUGGGAAAAAUAAUUGGAAUAGCUCUUAUGAAGAAUUUUGGAUGGAAAGCAGAUCUCAGAAAUCCUGAUUUAGAGAUCUUUGUGCAUCUAAAUGAUGAUUAUUCUGUGAUUGGGAUCCCUCUUUUCAGACUUCCCUUGGCAAGUCGAGUGUAUAUUAAAACUGCUGGGUUGCGAUCUACUAUUGCUUGGGCUAUGACAUCGCUCGCCGAAAUCAAGGCUGGGGCAUUUGUAUUGGAUCCUAUGUGUGGUCUAGGUACAAUCCUUUUGGAAGCUGCAACUGAAUGGCCUAAUGUGUAUUAUUUCGGGUCUGAUAUAAGUGAUUCACAGUUACAAGGGGCUUACUCAAAUAUUAGAGGUGCAAGCCUGAUAGAUAAAAUUGAGUUAUUUAAAUCUUCUGUGACAGGAUUGCCUUUCCCCUCAGAAAGCAUUGAUGUCAUUUUGACAGACAUUCCAUUUGGGAAGAAGUUCAAAAUAACAGAAGACAUGAAGUUCCUUCCCAGAGUUUUUCAAGAACUUGAAAGGGUGCUUUGUUUUGGAGGGACUGUUAUACUAUUACUUAAUCAAGAACUGUAUAAAUGUAUUUCUAACAGUAGUGCCCAUGGUCCUCAGACUGAGAAGCACGUCUUUGCAGAAUCUUCUACUGAUUGCAGACAAAGUAAUUUAAUAUCAGUUGAGCCAGAUACCAAAAAAGAAAGUAUUAGCUUUGGGACUGUUUCCCCCUCAACUCAAGAUGCAAGGAAAGAACACCUCAGUUAUGAAAAGACAGAUCUUGGCUCUCUGGUGUUCAUAGAAUCCUUUGAAGUUAGCCUUGGCAAGACAAAUGCAUUCAUAUGCAAGUACAAGAAGGUAACUUGAAGGAUCUGGAAGAAGGUAACAUCAGGCAAGUAUUUAAAAAACACUUAACAUCUUGUGUUUCAAAUCAGAUGGACUCGGGGUAACUGAGCAUUGAUGAACUUGACAAUCAGAAUUUCAUAGCUGCCAUAGCACAAGAUCCUAAAGAAUUAUAUUAGGAUCUGUAGCUGAAAACAUUGGGCUAAAUUUAGAUUCUUGAGGUGAAAGAGGCAUAUGGUUACCCAGCCCUGAUGGAAAUAGAGAUUAAUGGUGG